AUAAGCAAUCGGAUAAGGAUUUCUUACUUUUUAGUAAGUUUGGAGUUAAUGAAGAAGCAUUUGACUUACGGGAUCCUGAUAGCGAUUAUAAUAUACUUGAUAAUGAAAGUACAAGUUCUAAUACCGCUACAGGAAGUUUUGUAAUUGAGAAUGUUGACGAACAUGAUGAAAUAGAACCAUUUAUGUUGGACGAAAUAGCCUUUGAAAAGGCAAAAAUGUUAGCAAAUAAAAAUGAAUAUAAUUGUGACGAUGAAAUUGAAUGGGAUGAUCUUGAUUACAAAUCUUUAGAAACCACAACAUUAACUAUAGAGUCAACAGAGAGUGGACAUUUAUUUCAACGUCCGGGUAUUGGCAGACAUGCUGAACCAUGUGAUGAAAAACAUAAUGAUGAUACGACGCUAGCACUUGAGCUUCUGGGGCA